UUUAUAAAACUACAUAAAACUAGAUUUUUAAAUAAAUGUUUAAAAUAUUUGAUUACAGAUCCUCCGUCCACUGACCCUGUCAUCACAGCCUCCCCUCCAGGACUUCAGUACAACACCGUAACUAGAGUCACUUUGACCUGUCAACUACCAGGAGGAAACCCUGUAGCCACGUUGUCAUGGAGAUGUAAAAACACAGUAAUGACAGGAACCAAUGAGAGUACCUCUACUACAGCUGUCUCUGUGUUGUCAUUGGUGAUGGAUAGUUCCUACAACAAUCAGCAGUGUACUUGUACAGCUACUCACAGUCUCCUUACCAGCCCUAGAUCAACGAAUGUGUCAUUCACUGUAUUUUAUCCUCCAUCUACUGCCCCUGUCAUCACAGCCUCCCCUCCAGGACUUCAGUACAACACCGGAACUACAGUCACCUUAACCUGUCAACUACCAGGAGGAAACCCUGUAGCCACGUUGUCAUGGAGAUGUAAAAACACAGUAAUGACAGGAACCAAUCAGGGUACCUCUACUACAGCUGUCUCUGUGUUGUCAUUGGUGAUGGAUAGUUCCUACAACAAUCAGCAGUGUACUUGUACAGCAAGUCACAACCUUCUUACCAGCCCUAAAUCAAGGAGUGUUUCACUCACUGUAUUUUAUCCUCCAUCCGCUGACCCUGUCAUCACAGCUUCACCUCCAGGACUUCAGUACAACACCGGAACUAGAGUCACCUUGAACUGUCAACUGCCAGGAGGAAAUCCUAUAGCCACGUUGUCAUGGAGAUGUAAAAACACAGGAGUGAUAGGAGCCAAUCAGAGUAAUUCUACUAAAGCUGUCUCUGUGUUGUCAUUGGUGAUGGAUAGUUCCUACAACAAUCAGCAGUGUAGUUGUACUGCUAAUCACAGCCUCCUAGCCAGCCCUAAAUCAACGAGUGUGUCACUCACUGUAUUUUGUAAGUCACUUUGUUUUUUUUUCCUAAAAAAACAAACACAUAUAUGUUGU